GUCUUGUAGAGGUUAGGUUUGUUUGUUUACACUUAUAAAGCAUAUUUUAGCAAAAUAUGAACAAAAAUAAAGAAACCUCAGUGAAGAAGAGCACUUUUUCAAACACCGAGGGAGACACGCGAGCUACUAAAUCUAAAGAAAACAAAAAACCGGUCAAAAUAACGUUGGUACGUAACGGAAGGAUAAAGCCUCCAGCAGUAAGAAUUAUCAAAGACGACUUGAAAGUUCGCAACAAUGCGAGCAUACAAACUGAUAGUGUUAAAAGACAAUCGUGUACCUGUAUAAAUGCAUUGGACGAGCCUAAAACAAACACUUUAAAUCGGUUGGUUAAAAAUAUCGAGCGGCUAGGAGUAGACGACAAGUGUAGAAAAAAUCACGCGAUAGCAGCAGACGAAAAGGUUUUAAAGAAUUUGAAUUUUCCUUACGAUCGGGCUAUCUAUAAAGAUCUGAUUCCGUUGGUGUGUGAGAAAACUCAGUAUCCUCCAAGCAGCGUCAGGAAUCCCCUGCCUCAGAAAGACGUAGAACCAGCUCUCGCUGAUUUCGUAGAAAUUAAGAGAAUUCCCGAUUAUUUUAUCCUCCACAGCUCUGAUAUAGAAGACAAGGUUUAUCCCGUUAAAAAUAACAGUAUGAGGUUGCACAAACUUCUAAAUAGGUACGAUUAGAAUGAUUUUCACAGGAGUAAUUGACAGAGGUUGGUUAAUUUGUACCUACGAGCAUUUUAUUAAAUUAAUUUACUACAAAUAAACGCUAUUUUUUUAACAGGAAUUUCGUGUGUUCCCCUUUGACCAGCAAGCUUCCGUCUUUUUUAUUUUUAAUGGAAACCUCCAAGAAGGCCAUGGUGUUCCCCACUCUCAAUGUAUCGGCUUCGAUUUGCACCUCUUCGCCCUCUUUGGCCCCUUUCAUGAAGGUCAUGUUUAUGUUAACGGAGACGCUCGCGCAGUUGGCUCGUUCGUGCGUAAAGAGCGCCCAACUGGAGAUGCUGUCCACUAAACUGGUGGCGAAGCCCCCGUGCAUCGAGCCCAUGGGAUUCGUGUGUUCUUCCUCUAUUUUUAUCGCGGCCACGCAUUUUCCCUUGCCCAGUUCCAGUACGUUCAGGGAUCUCAUGCAUUUCUCGAAUCUCGGCGUCGAUUCCAGCAGGGAUUUCAGGAGCUUCGCGUCGAAUGCUAUUUUUGCCAUUUCGCUAAUAUUAAUAAGUACUUUGUUCGAUUUGAGUGUCGUUCGAUUAAUACCAGUGUGGUUGUUGUGUUAUCAUAUAAAGGUCCUUGAAUGUUGAGCUAUUACACAACUGAUUUUUAUGUGUAAACAAAAUUUCAACUAAUCUAUGGUUAACAAUUCAAUGGGUUUAUUAUAUUUUAGUAAAGACGAUUAAUUACACCAGUAAUUGCAACUGGUCGUAUUUAUUUUUGAUUUUUCUUUGGUUAUGUCAUUUUUGACAUUGAAGUUGAAAUACUGCCUAACUUCACUUUGACUUUGUACCACGGUCGUAUAUUUGUAAGGUCUGGAAACU